CGUCCUCAUACUUGAACCUCAUUGCUCUCUUCCUCUUUAUUCCUUGUUCCGUAUGAGUUCCCCCUGGUGGUGAUCCAACUCUAUGAAUCGCUGGUGUUUGCAUCUUCUGACCUUUCGAUGCUUGUGGGCCGACCAGGCCUUCCAUGGCCUGGUGCCAAGGCCCGCCAAGGCCUUAGUUUGCGGGGUAAACAAGGGGAAUCGAAGCGAUGCAACCCCUGGCCGUUGCGCUCUCCUAACAGGGCAACUUUACUGCAAGCAGUCGGACCACCAGCGCAUGAGCGCCGACAACCGAGGCUGACUCUUUUCUAAUUGUCGGACGUGCUUGCUGGGUAGCAGGUAUUCUAUGAUCCAGCCACUCAUCUUGACAAUGAUAGUGUACCUGAUGUC